AUGAUUUUACUGGAACAAAAUGUUAAUGAAAAGUUUCUUGAGAUCACUACAAUAGAGGUUAGAGAAGAUGAUGGUCUACCACAGAAGUUGUGUAAUGACUGUUUCAGUAUCAUGAUUUCUGCUCAUCAUUUCCGAAAACAGUGCAUCAAAAUGGAUAGCGAGUUGAAAUUACAACUUAGUGCUCUAUUGGAACAAGAACAACCUGUUUCAGAAAAGCAUCAGGAUACCCUUCCGAAUUCAAGUGAAGCUAUUGACGAUGAUGAUGAUAUUGCGAAUGAUCCCGACAAACAGUUAGAAUCUAUUAUAAAAAAAGAGCCUGAAAGUGAUGAUGAUUAUUAUUAUGUUUUGGUAAUCGAUGACCCGAAAGAAAAGAGUAGUGGAGAAAAACUCCAAGAUGUUAUGCUAGAAAAUAAGAUAAAAGUCGAAAGGGAAUAUUCCGAAGGCAUACCUUCUAUUACUUAUCAACCAGUAGAAACAAAAAGUAUUCCACAGAAUCAGUUUGAAGAUUCAAUUGAUGCAUUCUUAAUGUCCAAUACAAAAGUGCCAGCAAAUGUGCCAGCUACCAUUUUAGAAAAUGAGGAAGAAAGCCAGGAAACAGAUGAAUUAGAUGGUGCCAUGAAUAUUGAUGAAACACAAGACAGUACUUCUCAAGAUCCAACUUUAGCACACAUUGUGAAUGCACAAGACAAUCAGAUUAUCGAGACAAUAUCUGCUGAUGAUAUAAAAGAUCUUGGAAACAAAAAUUAUAUUAAAAUACUCACAACUACUGACUCUAAUGGAACAAUUCUUCUUAAGAAUAAUGACAGGAUUCAAUAUUUGACUGACACACAGCUGGUUACAAAUGAAGACGAAGAUGAAGAUGCCAUGUCCCAAGAAGUAAUAUUCUGUGAAGGAGAUGACACCUCUCAGUUUCAAAUACUAAAGUAUGAUGGGUCAGAAUUGGUAAUAGAAUAUGCAGAUGAAGGACACAUAUCAACAGUUCUUCAACAAGAAGACGGUACAUUUUUAUGUGACUGUGGUGAACAGUUUGAGGAUUUGGCUGACUAUGAGAAACAUCAAUAUAAGCACAAUCCUGCUGGAGAACAUUUGUGCAGUCUAUGUGGCAAAGGAUUUGAAUCAACUGAGAUUUUAACUGGACACAUGUUACUGCACAGCAGUAGCGGACUUUUAAUUAAUUGUCCAUUCUGUAAUCAGCUCAUAAGACGUAAUGCAUUAACACAACAUAUCAAGUAUGGACACAAUAAUAUAAAACCACGCUGUAAUGUUUGCUUAAAGACAUUUGCUAAUCCAAAUAACUUAAAACGUCAUAUGAUGAUCCAUAGUGGUAUUAGAGAAUUUGAGUGUGAUAUUUGUUUUAAAAGAUUCCACCAGAAAAUAACCAUGCAGACACAUAGAUUGACUCACAUGCAUCCAUAUUCAUGCAAUCAAUGUGAAAAAACGUUCCAGACUAAGAGUAACUUGACUGCACACAAAGAGUCCAAUGAGUGUACUAAAUCCAAAGUGAUUAAAGUUAAAGAAGAACUAAUGAAGACCGUCAAGCAAGAAAUUACCACAAACCUGGGUAAACUUUUAGGAUAUGCUUGUUCUUUAUGCAAGAAAAUGUUUUCCGUUGAAUCUGCCUUAGAACAACAUGUUGAAAGCACACAUAUUGUGGACCCAACAGACCUACUUUGUUCAGAAUGUGGUGAAGUACUACCAAAUAAGAGAGACAUGCAAGCUCACAUUGCAACACAUAAAAAUAUGAAAGCAAAGAAUGCAAAGAGAUUUGAAUGUAGCAUUUGCGGUAAGGGAUGCUCAAGCCAGGCUAUGUUAUUAAUGCAUGAAAGAGUCCACACUAAUGAGCGGCCGUUCCCUUGCCAACUUUGUUCUCUUCGGUUCAAGACUAAAACUCAUUUACGGACUCACCAAUUGACUCAUACAAGAGAAAAGAAGUUUGGUUGUUCAGUUUGUAUGAAAUUUUUUGCUUUAAAAGGUAAUUUAGUUGUACAUUUGCGAACUCACACUGGAGAAAGGCCAUAUGUUUGUUCUUUGUGCGGAGAGGCAUUCAUAGAUUCUAAAUAUCUGAAGAAGCAUAAACUAAAGAAACAUGCUAUAGACAAUGUUCCAUGGAACCAAUAUUAA